UUAGUUUUUGUUUUGCUUAUAUAUACAUUUAACAUAUAACGCGUUAAAUGGCAAUCGAAUAUUUGACUACAAACGAGAAGCAACUUCUCUUGGAUCUGCUUUUCGAUGCCACAUCAUCAUUUGCAGUUGCAGAGAAGAAGUUCAAGGAAAUGAUCCCACUGUCCCGUUAUCAUGCAGUUGAUUGUGAGCUGAAACAACUUUGUAAGAAUUUCAUUGCAUCUUUAGAUGGGGUAGCGCUAAUCAUGUCGAUAUAUCUGGCAGAUUUGAUGCGUAGAACUAGCGAUCUUUCUGCCAAGGCUCUUUUCUUUGACAUCUUUAUAGAUCUUGAACGUGCCAUUAGACGGGACAUUUUUUGCGCUGAGAAAUAUAAAUAUUCUUCUAAAGACGUAAAGGAACCCAAGAAAAGUACCGAGGCAACUUACGCGGAGGAGUAUCGAAUUCAUUUGGUGGGAAAAGUGUUUGCUUUUCAGUUACUUAUGGGAUCAGUGUCUGGCGACGAAAAAGCUAGUACGUAUGUUUCGAAAAAGCAAGAAGAAAUUGAUAGCCUGCUUGAUUCGUGCAGUAAAUCAAGUAUUCUCAUAAAGGAGUUUCUGGCAGAUGUUGCACACUCUUGGGGAUCCGAAAAAGAGAAGCGGCACUGUAGCACCACACUGAAAUUUGCCACCUCUUUCAACCUACAGCAGGGUGAACGUACAGUGCUCUUGGCGAAUCUGAUCACGCCUAAAAUUGCAUCACUUCCUAUAUUAACAGGUGAGCUGCAACUUCUGUUCCCCGGGCAUACGUCAAUGCUUUUUGUUGAAAAUUCAAUGCCAGGUGUGGUAUCGGAGAACACUAAAAAAGAGCUUGAAGCUCUGGCAAAAACCAGCAUUUCUAAAUCUGAUCAAGACAAGCUUCUACAGUCCCUUACCGAGCAAGAAGCGCGUCACAUUGCACUCAAUACUUCUCUUUUAUGUGACAUUGCCGAGAAGAAUCCAAGCGUCUGUGCUGCAAUUCUAGAGAAGAUUCCCCGAUCCACACUAAAUUUUUCUAUCCAGAGUGCACUAAAUGGAAACGCACGCCUGGAGAAUAUUGAAGCCGUUUUACUUCUCAUAUCUCACUCUUUGGAUCAAAAAAGCAUUAAUAUUUUUAUAGCGCAGUAUCUAAAAGUGCUCAAUAAUAAGUCUCUUCUAUUGGGAAAUCGAAACGAAAAUGCGAAAAAGUUCAUUUCGACGCUUUACGAGUUUGUUGUCAAGGGCUCCAAGGGGAAUAAGGGUAUUCACAUUGCCGAGCUGCUAAAGGGUGAGAUUGAACAGCUUAUUACUCAUACUGAUGACUCGGAUAUUGCCAGAAUGUGGGACGAAAUAAAAAGUUGAGCUGUGUCCUUUGUACUUUUUUCCAGCAUAUACAUAUAUAUAUAUAUGCCUUAAACGUUUGUAAUUUUUAAUUCUAUUUUAUUACGUUUUCUCUCCUAUAAGUAUAAGAUACUUACCGUUAAACGAUCUGCAUGCUAACAUCAUUUUG